AUGCAAAGAGCGGAGUUACAAGCUCCCUGUUCCAAGGGAGAUAUGCUUCUUUCAAGGGAGCAACAGCAUCAAAUUCUUGCGGGAUUCGAAGGCAGGCGAUCCAAGCGGCAGGCUUACAACGAUAAAACAUACCCAGGAAGGAGAUGGUACGAGGGGGUCAACUACACAUUCGACAUGAAUAUAUCUAACAAAACCAGAAGCCUCUUCAAGACCGCAGCGGGAUUGUGGAUGAACAACACGUGCAUAAACUUCUAUCAAGACGAAAAUGAAACAUCUGUGGAUCUCUUAGUCGUAAUUAAAGAAUAUGGAUGCUGGUCAGAGGUUGGUAGGCAGGGCGAUUGGCAGUUCAUGUCGCUUGAUGGAGGCUGUGAAACGGUAUUGGAUCAGAAAAGCUUCAAUUUAAAACCGCGAAAUUUUUAG